AUGUCGCGACACCGCAUCAAGGACGUCGACUAUGAUGAUGACGACUAUUAUGACGAUGAAGAUGACUACACACCCGAUCCUGAGGAGCAGGAAUUGCUACAGCAAUGCACCGCUGCCGUACUGCAACAGCUAGGUGCGGGGCAGCCUCCAGUAACCGCCACCAAGGAAGAGGUUCACGAUGCAUUGUGGCAUUACUACAAUGAUAUCGAGAAAUCGGUCAAUUACUUGAAAGGCAAGAGGCUUAAGGAGGCUUCCAAGCUGAAGAAACCGGAGAUUCAACCAGUAUCAGCUUAUCCUGCCCCUCCUCCUACGGCACACUUCUCGGCUGCCGAUUUCUUUCGCGAUUGUCCAUGGCUCAACAUCCCCUCUCAUCGGAAAGCGGAUAUCCUGGUCGAACCACUCUAUCCACGUCUGGGUCUAUUGGGCGGUGCCCCAGAACAAGGUGCAAAGCCUUCCAAAUUGGCUGCACUAGCUGCAGCCCGCAAGAAGAAAGAGGCCGAGAAGGGACAAUCCACGCCGCAGACCUCGACCACAUCAAAAUAUUCUUCUGAUCAGCAGAGUGCGCCGCUCUCUGUUCGUGAACGACUUGCUCUUGGGAGGGCAACAGGGAAGUCUUCCGAGGGUCAUUCGGGGUCUCUACAGCGCCUGGCAGAGUCGAGACCAUCCCCCUCCUCUGCAAUACAUCAUGCGCCUGUCUCUGAGACUACACCGCAAUCAGUGCGUGAAAGGUCAGAAUUACCGCAAAGGAAGCUUGAGCCGACAGAAGUUCUAGACCGGCACCCAGUGCCCGACCUUCAUGCCGAACCCUCGGAGUUUGCCAAAGUUCUUACUGGCCUAGCCGCAAGCCCGACAACAGCCUACCCAAGCCCGUUGGCCCCCGGCAACUUAGAUCUGAUGAAGAUCUAUGGAUAUGAUGCUGAACCUUUUGACUUUUCAGAGCCCAGCCCCGACGAUAUCGUUCUCAACGCACAGAGCACAUCAAAAGGAUUAAAGAAAUCAGCUGCAGCAAAAUCGGCUGGGGGGAAGAAAGGCCAGGCUGAUGUGGCAGCUGAAAUGAAGGACCUUUCUGUGGAGGACAAAGUGACAGUCAAGAGCAAGCAUCUCGAUGUUCUAUCAGAGUACAAAAAGUCUACCCGCAAGCGAUCUGCAAACUUUGUGGUUAUUGGUCAUGUUGAUGCCGGCAAAAGCACUCUCAUGGGACGAUUGUUGGCCGAUCAAGGGGCCAUCGACCAACGGACAUUAGAUAGGUAUCGGCGGGAAGCCGAGAAAAUUGGCAAAGGCUCAUUCGCGCUAGCUUGGGUCUUGGAUCAGGGGUCGGAGGAGAGGGCACGAGGCGUGACGAUAGAUAUCGCCACCAAUCAAUUUGAGACUGAAAAGACAGCCUUUACCAUUGUUGAUGCACCAGGUCAUCGCGAUUUCGUUCCGAACAUGAUCGCUGGCGCCAGCCAGGCGGACUUCGCUGUCCUGGUCAUUGACUCCAGUGUCGGCAAGUUUGAGUCUGGGUUGAAGGGGCAGACUAAGGAGCAUGCUCUGUUGGUGCGAAGCAUGGGCGUUCAAAAAAUCGUGGUGGCCGUGAACAAGAUGGAUACUGUGCAAUGGGAUCAUGGGCGCUUCGAGGAAAUUGAACAGCAGAUCUCCGCGUUUUUGACCGCUGCCGGCUUCCAACAAAACAAUAUCUCGUUUGUGCCGUGCUCAGGUGUGCUAGGAGACAACAUCUCUCGACGGACUGAGAACCCUCAUGCAUCUUGGUACACAGGACGUACAUUGAUUGAAGAGCUGGAAACAUCGGAACCAUACACACAUGCUCUCGAGAAGCCUUUGCGUAUGACGAUUGGUGACGUCUUCCGAGGCGGCGUGCAAAAUCCGCUCUCAAUCUCAGGCCGUAUCGACGCCGGCAGCUUGCAAAUGGGUGACCAGAUUCUGACCCUGCCCAGCGGUGAGACAGCAACGGUGCGCAGUUUGGAAGUGGAUGGGGAACCAAGUGACUGGGCCGUUGCAGGCCAGAAUGUCGUCCUCAAUAUCGCCAAUAUCGACCCUAUCCAUCUUCGCUCCGGUGACGUUGUCUGCCGUCCUUCCUCUCCCAUUUCCACCAUCAGCUCUUUCACUGCCAAGGUUCUGGCCUUUGAACACUUGAUGCCUAUGCAAGUGGACGUGCACCGGGGUCGUCUACACGUACCUGGUCGCAUUAGUAAGCUUGUCGCCUCCUUGGAUAAAUCGUCAGGCGCAGUGAUUAAGAAACGCCCGAAGAUCGUGGGCCCGGGCGUGGUGGUGCGUGUUGUGGUUGAGAUGGAUCAGGCUGUUCCUCUGGAAGCACCAACAAGGAUUGUUCUGCGUGCAGGAGGCUCUACAGUGGCUGCUGGUUUACUAGAAUAA